AUGAGUGUGAUUCCACCCACCAACAGUGCGAAGCGCUCCUCCCUGCUCUACUCCUUGUCCAAGGAUGCUUCUGAGUUCUUGCCAGGCCUUAGUGACAGCCGGAUUGACGACUUAGGCGGUACUGAAAAGAUUAUGCGGAGCAAGCAGAAAGCGCCUGGACAGACCGGCGAACAAAGGGAGGACUGCUGGUUGUUUGCAAAUGCACAGGCCCAUGAAAUGGUCGUCCUUCUCACAUUGAUCUAA